CCCUUCGAUUUGUUGUGCAAUUUAUUGGAUUCCUGCACAGUUUACUUUCUGAGCAAGUGCGAAUGGAAUACAAAGAAAAAUGCUGUUUGCCAGUCCUGGUAAACAAAGGAAACCCACUGCCAACUGCUAAGCCCGGCCCUUUUAGCUCUUCCAACUGCUCUGGAUGGAUGCCAGCUGCUUGUUUGGAUGGGUGGGAAUUCACAAUAAACCAGGUCCAGACCAGCACCGGAAGUACGAGGAAGUGACGAAGGCAACGGCGAAGGAGCAUCUGGAGCAGCAGCAAAAACCCAAAACUAUUUGCACUCAACGGCGGCAACAAAUGUUGCUGCGGUGUUGCCUUGUGCUACUUACGGCUGCCAUUUGAUGGCGAUGUGGAUGUCGAAGCCGAUGUCGGUGUUUUUGCCCCAACACUCAGCAUCCUCGCCAGGAUUCCAAGCCAAAGUAUUCCUCGCCGUGCUGAGCAAAUAUGGAGGCGCCUGGUGAUGUGUUUACAAGUUUGUGAAUUGUUGUCAUUGUCGUCAUCUGGUCGGGCUUCAACUGACUCUGCGGCUCCCCCCGAUCCUGGCCAGCACUUGGGUGCUCAGUCUCAGCCCGCUUUUCAUUACCAAUAGCUGGAAGUCCCCUGCUGCCCCUCCCAAUUCAAACAUCAAUCAAGCUGCAUUAUGCAAAUAUUCGCUCGAAAGUUGCAACAAAAGCGCAUCGAGCUGGGGAGAAGUGAAAGACGACAAA